CUGCAAUUCUGCCUUGUGAAUGUGAAAGGUGUGUGUGCUCUGGGAAGUCUGAAAUCGCUUGCAACAAGGUUUUGCUUGCUUGCUUCCAGCUGCUUCAUGCAACUUGCUAGGUAGCAGUGCUGAGUUCAGGACUGUUCUCUCUCUGCCAGUUUGGCCACCCCUUAGUUUUCUCUCCAACGACGCAUUGAGGAACCAUGUCUUUCUGUUGCACCAGCCCAUCGCCGGUUUCCUCGAUUCACCUGAGCUGCAAAAACCCUACAGCUUCCCAAAGGCAGGCUUGCAGCGCAGCAUUGCCCCUCAAAUUGGGUUCCAGCUUUGUGGAUACUCCCCUCAGCAACCACUCCAAGCCUAAAGGCAAGGUUUUCAGGCAGGGAGCACUUCCUGUGAAGGCGAUCGCAGCACCAGAGAGGCUCUCAGCGCAGACAGAUCCUUUCCCGGAGUUUGCCAAGAAGGUGAUUGGGAAAGGGGAGGGGCGCACUCCGUCAACUAAGAACCCCGAGGCGCCAGAGUUCCUUCCCAUUCCCGCUUUUGAGGAUUGCUUUCCUAACAGCACCAAGGAGCACCAGGAGGUUAUCCAUGAACCUACAGGCACUGUCCUGCACGUUCCUUUCCGGAGGAUCCGCCUGGCUGGAGACGAGCCCUUUUUUGAUCAGUAUGACACCAGUGGCCCCCAAAAGCUCGACCCAAGGAAUGGCAUCCCUGAACUCCGCAAGGACUGGGUGGCACGACGUGAGGCUCGCGGCGACACCCGAUUCACGCAGCAGUACUACGCCAAGCAGGGGAUUAUCACCGAGGAGAUGCAAUACUGCGCGGCCAGGGAAAAGAUGGAUCCUGAGUUUGUGCGGUCGGAGGUAGCUCGAGGGCGCGCAAUUAUCCCUGCCAACAAGAAGCACACCGAGCUGGAGCCGAUGAUCAUCGGGCGCAAGUUCCUGGUCAAGAUCAACGCCAACAUCGGAAACAGUGCCGUGACUUCCAGUAUCGAAGAGGAGGUCCAGAAGCUGCAGUGGGCGACACUUUGGGGAGCGGACACCAUCAUGGAUCUCUCCACUGGGGAUCACAUCCACGCCACUCGCGAAUGGAUCAUGCGCAACAGCGCUGUCCCAGUUGGCACUGUGCCAAUCUACCAGGCGCUUGAGAAAGUCGAUGGAAUUGCAGAGAACCUGACGUGGGAGGUGUUCCGCGAGACGCUGAUUGAGCAGGCAGAGCAGGGCGUCGACUACUUCACGAUCCACGCGGGCGUGCUCCUGCGCUUCAUCCCGCUCACUGCCAAGCGCAUGACGGGCAUCGUCUCGCGGGGGGGAUCUAUUCACGCCAAGUGGUGCCUCUCUCACCAUAAGGAGAACUUUGCAUACGAGCACUGGGAUGAUAUCCUGGACAUCUGCUCCCAAUACGAUAUCAGCCUGUCCAUAGGCGAUGGGCUGCGCCCCGGGUCGAUCUACGAUGCGAACGACCUGGCUCAGUUCUCGGAGCUCGCGGUGCAGGGGGAGCUCACGCGGCGCGCCUGGGAGAAGGACGUCCAGGUGAUGAACGAGGGCCCCGGCCACGUUCCCCUCCACAAGAUCCCCGAGAACAUGGAGAAGCAACUAGACUGGUGCAGCGAGGCACCGUUCUACACCCUGGGCCCUCUCACCACUGACGUUGCACCCGGAUACGACCACAUUACGAGCGCGAUCGGAGCUGCUAACAUUGGGGCCCUUGGGACCGCCCUGCUCUGCUACGUCACCCCCAAGGAGCACCUGGGCCUGCCCAACCGGGAUGACGUCAAGACCGGCGUCAUCUCGUAUAAGAUCGCCGCGCAUGCUGCCGACCUCGCCAAGCAACACCCGCACGCCCAGGAGUGGGACGACGCGCUCAGCAAGGCGCGCUUCGAGUUCCGCUGGCGGGACCAGUUUGCGCUCUCGCUCGACCCGGUGACUGCGGAGGCAUUCCACGACGAGACGCUGCCAGCGGAGGGGGCCAAGGUGGCGCACUUUUGUUCGAUGUGCGGCCCCAAGUUCUGCUCGAUGAAGAUCACGGAGGACGUCCGCAAGUACGCGGACGAGCAUGGCUACGGCGACGUGGAGGCGAUCGAGGCGGGCAUGGCGGCCAUGAGCGCGGAGUUCCAGAACCGUAUUUCAGCCACCAAUCUGGAGGUUUUGGGCGGCCAAGAAGACGGUAAGCGGGGAGCAGCACGGCGAAGCGGGCGGCGAGAUCUACCUGCCAGAGGAGUACGUCAAGGCGCGCGCGGGGGCGUCUCCGUGAGUGCUUUGCAGGGCAGACUUCGAGCUCGGGCGUGCCUACGAGUGCCUCCGGAAGGUUCACCAUGUACAGGCAGGAUAAAUGAAUGGUUAGGAAGCUGUUUCCCUGGCUUGUGAUUGGAUCGAAAGUCGUGCAUGUCUUGUGCCUGGCAAAUCC